CUUCGAGGCCCCUCCUAAACCGCCACUGCCCCCCCAAAAAAAACACCUCACUUAAUCACCUUCCAACCGAGGGGGACAAAAAAAAAGCCAAAGAUGGCAACCAACCUCAACGGCGCCGCCAACGGUUCGUCCAACAAUGACGAUUUCACCGUCAAGGCCGGCCUGGCGCAGAUGCUCAAGGGCGGCGUGAUCAUGGACGUGACGACGGCGGCCGAGGCGCGCAUCGCCGAGGAGGCCGGCGCCGUCGCCGUCAUGGCGCUGGAGCGCAUCCCCUCCGACAUUCGCAAGAUGGGCGGCGUGGCGCGCAUGUCCAACCCGGAGAUGAUCAAGGAGAUCCAGGCGGCCGUGACCAUCCCCGUCAUGGCCAAAGCCCGCAUCGGCCACGUGGUCGAGUGCCAGAUUCUCGAGGCCUUGGGCGUCGACUAUGUCGACGAGAGCGAGGUGCUCACCCCCGCCGACGACCAGUUCCACGUGCCCAAGCACGACUUCAAGGUCCCCUUUGUCUGCGGCUGCCGCAACCUGGGCGAGGCCCUACGCCGCAUCAAGGAGGGCGCCGCCAUGAUCCGGACCAAGGGCGAGGCCGGCACGGGCGACGUCGUCGAGGCCGUCAAGCACAUCCGCACCGUCAACGCCGAGAUUGCCCGCGCCCGCGCCGCGCUCGCUGCGGGCGGCGAGCUCGCCGUUACCGCCAUGGCCCGCGAGAUUGGGUGCGAUGCCGCGCUUCUCAAGCAGACGGCCGAGCUGGGCCGCCUGCCCGUCGUCAACUUUGCCGCGGGCGGUGUGGCGACACCCGCUGACGCCGCUCUCAUGAUGCAUCUCGGCUGCGAUGGCGUGUUUGUCGGCAGCGGCAUCUUCAAGGACGCCGAGUCCCCCGAGCACGCCGCCAAACGGGCGCGCGCCAUUGUCAAGGCCACGGCGCACUACACCGACAAGCAGGCGCUGAUCGAAGCCAGCAUUGAGCACGGCACAGCCAUGGCCGGCAUCAGCAACGCCGGGUUGAGGCCGGAAGAAAAGAUGGCGGGUCGAGGAUGGUAAGAGUCCUGGACUCCUGAUGGCAGGAGCAACGGGGGCGUGGAGUGGGUAUGGACGCGCAGCAUAAAAACAUGGGGUUAUGCAUGAGUUCUCUGGCAAGCUUUCUUCUUCUUUAGGCAUUGGCAGGUUUUAGUCGUAUCACUGUUGAGCACGGCUCAAAGGGAAUGGGUUAGGACCUCCGCUUCGAGCAAUAGCGUGCAUCAUCAGUUGGAGGACAUCUCAUGGCGGAUCAUUUACACAGGACAGUCGUCUUCAACAACAGUGCUAUACCCACAGGGCAAAGACUCACAGGAAAUGAAUCUAAAUAGCAUUGAUGCCGUCAUUUUCUAAACCAUGACGCUUGUCAAUAACGGCUCUUCUAGCGGAAACGGAAAGUGGUAGUGCAAUCAACUACGAUACGCUGCUCACUAA